UGAGGACUGCAACUAUCGGGGCGGUGGAUAUGCCGUUCAGUGAUCUGCAGCGAGAUCGUGUGUCUUCCCAUGUCGUUCUCCGAAUCAUCUGCUUCGGUUGUUUGUCGUGCGUGGCUUUCCUGUGGGGCUGCCGUGCAUGUGACCUGUCCGUGUCACGCGGGGAAGGACACGUCUCUGCUGGAGGAUACUCCUCAGGGCCUGCAUUCUCCAAUUCCCGUGGCGAAGCAAAUGCCGAGCGUUUCAGGAGGUGGACACGUGUGGGUCCGUCGAAAGCGGGACCGAUCUUGUCGGGUUUGCACCCUCAUCCGGACCUGCCGCUGGCGCGCUCGCCGGUUUUUCUCGCCGGUUCAUUGGCAGUUGUACGAUCACAUGAUCCGUUGAUCGCCAAUACAGCAGUGCCACGUGGACAUUGCCAAUCGGACGUCUGCAACCUCGUUGUUUCCCGCAAUCAUCUGUACUACGUCCUGCAUCAAUGGUGCGCCUCUGCAGACGGUACCAUCACGGAUGAGGCUAUGUCCGUCAGAAGCGCCUAUCCAUCCAAGACGAACCAUGGCUCGAACCCGAGCAGCGGUGACGAAUCCACAGUGAUAAGUUAUUGGUGGCCUUACAACGAGCCGAACGGGACGAGAGUAGCAGAAGCCAGUAGGAAGUUCACCCUCUCGUCCAUGGCUUACGUAACGGGGGCCGCCAUGUCGAGGAGAGCCUCGCAUCUCGUCCUUAGCGUCAGGAGUGGGGAUGGGCGUUCCAUGAUCGCAUCUUUGUCUAUUGCUGACGGCUCUCGAUCUUCUGUCCCGCUCAAUUCCUCGAUCGGGUCCUUAGCGAUGGACUCCACGAGGACACGUGUCUAUCUCUUGGUGGUUGGAUCUGGCGAUGGCGUGCUCUCCGUCCCGGUGAGCGAGWUCGGCCUGCCUCUGGAGGAGCCUAAGCACGUUGUUGACUCUCACUCGAAGCUGAAUGUGAAUGCCACCGGUGUGCAAUUUCAGUACGAGAGUCUGGUUUCCGACAGCAGCAGUAGUUGCCUGUGCCAUCUGACGAAACUGCCUCAUCGCGCAAGGUUCGGAGCGCGAGUGUUUGCGAUCGAUACUCACGUGAAAUCCUCGCUUAGCACUCUCGUAGCUGACUUGAGCACCGGUCAGGAUCCUGAUGAACAGUCUUUUGUCGCGCGUUUCCCAUUCCCAGCUGCCAUAUUAGCGACAACUGCCGACGCGUGCCACCUGUUCGCGACCGGACAGAGGGGUACUGUUCUGCGUCUGACGCUGGGCUCAUCGUGUGCGGAGGAGGCGGUAGACAUGGAGAGAGUCCUGGAGUACAAACGCGCAGCCAUCACGGGAUUAGCUCUGCACGAGGACCACGACGAAGCACUCCUGUUCCUUGGCGCCAGCGAUGGCCAUCUAUUUGAAGCACGAAUCGACACGUGUCGCUUGGGGAGUUGCAAGUCGGAAUCUCGAAGGCUCCAGUUCUUUAGGGAUAGCCGAUCAAGCGUGGAGUCGGACUAUAACUCACAAUUUAUGGAAGAAAAACAGAGGAGAGAAGCAGCUGAAUAGGAUCAGCCGGUAGCAUCAGGACUGAGCUUCUUCCAUGGGCCAGUCACUGUGCCUCCCCUCC